ACAUCCGGCCCAAAGGCCACAUAUAAAAUCGCUGGCACUGCGCUUAGGGUUAGGGUUAGGGCUUUCGUGCGCGCGAGAGAGUGGGGAGGAAGAGAGAGAGAGAGAGCGCCAUCGCCGACGAGCAGCCAAGAUGGGUAUCUCUCGUGAUUCGAUGCACAAGAGGAGGGCCACUGGUGGAAAGAAGAAGGCUUGGAGGAAGAAGCGAAAGUAUGAGCUUGGCCGCCAACCAGCCAACACCAAGCUUUCCAGCAAUAAAACUGUGAGGAGAAUUCGUGUCAGAGGAGGAAAUGUCAAAUGGAGGGCACUCCGACUUGAUACGGGCAACUAUUCAUGGGGAAGCGAGGCUGUGACACGUAAAACCCGUAUUCUUGACGUGGUCUACAAUGCCUCCAACAACGAGCUUGUUAGGACGCAAACUCUUGUUAAGAGUGCCAUUGUGCAAGUGGACGCGGCUCCAUUCAAGCAAUGGUAUCUCCAGCACUAUGGUGUUGAUAUUGGUAGGAAGAAGAAGGCUCCUGCUGGCAAGAAGGAAGCAGCAACUGAGGAGGGCGAAGGUGCAGCACCAGCAGCAGAUGCUAAAAAGAGUAACCACGUAGUCAGGAAGCUUGAGAAGCGUCAGAAGGAGCGCACCCUUGACUCUCACAUCGAGGAGCAAUUUGGCAGUGGCCGUUUGUUGGCUGCCAUCUCUUCUCGCCCUGGCCAAUGCGGCAGAGCUGACGGGUAAGCACAUAAUGAAGAGUUCUUGAA